UAUCUCUCAAGCUCUUCAAAAAGGAGAACUUGUUUACUUUUUUUUAUAUAUUUUUUUCUGCUCAAAUAGGAUACCAACGAAUACAUAUCAACGACAUAUUGUGCCUUACAGUAACAGCUAUGACAGCACUUUUCAAGAACUGAAAGUGUAACAUAGAAAAUCAAGAUGUCGAAGGAGAGUCUAUCAAACAUGAGGAAAUGUGGGUCGGAUGACAGUAUUGCCAGCAUUGGCUCUGCCAAUAGCCUCAUGGAUACAUCUAAAGAUAACAUUGAUGAGGAGAGGAAUGGUUAUAAAAAUGGGAAAAGUCCAGCACAAGUGUUUAUUGAAAUGGAUGACAUGGAGCCAGAAACGGGCAGCUACAUGGAUCAGCCAUACCCCAAUAUGGGCCUUAUUGAUGACAGCCAUGAACUGAACAAGCCAAGAAAUUUACCUGAAAACAGGCUCCACCGAGCUCAGCUGGCUGUGAAACUAGUCGUUGAGCAUAUAGCUUUCCGAAUGUUCACGAUUGCUUUGAUCCUGGGGGAGUUUUGCCUUGUUAUAAUCGAUCUCACGCUUAACGGGGACGGCCAUCUUGGUGACCUUGACCUUGCAUCUCAAAUCAUCAUGGGGUACUUCGUACUUGAACUAGCUGCUCGUAUAUUUUACAAAGGCGAACUGUUCUUCCAUCAGUGGUUAGACAUAGCCGACAUGGUGAUUGUCAUCGUCACCUUUGUCCUCGAUAUUGUCUUUAGUGGCUCGGGCUAUCCCAGACUUGGUGUAGUAGGUCGUGGGCUUAGAAUAUUACGAAUUGUGCGAGGAAUCUACCUCAUUUAUCAGCAACGAAAACACCUGGCAGUAGCAUCACGCAGGAUCAUCUCACAAAACAAGCGAAGAUACGUCAAGGAUGGAUUUGACCUUGACCUAUGUUAUAUUACAGAAAGAAUGAUAGCGAUGUCAUUUCCUUCAUCUGGGGUCCAGUCCAUGUACAGAAAUAAUAUUAGGGAGGUGUCAAGGUUUUUUGAAACGAAGCACAAAGGCCAUUAUAAACUGUAUAAUCUUUGCAGUGAGCGUGAAUAUGACAUAAGCUUCUUUGCUGACAGUGUGGAACGAGUGAUGAUAGAUGACCAUAAUGUCCCCACAUUGAGGGAAAUGGUCCAGUUCUGUAAGAGUAUGCAUGAGUGGCUGUCCGCAGACCCUGAGAACGUGGUGGCCAUUCACUGUAAGGGCGGGAAGGGGCGCACGGGAACCAUGAUCUGCACGUGGCUGGUCGAGUGUGGGAACUUUGAGGAGGCUCAGGACAGUUUAGAUUAUUUUGGUGACAGACGCACAGAUCUGGACCAUGGCUCAACAUUUCAAGGCGUGGAAACCCCUAGUCAGAGUCGUUAUGUUGGUUACUUCGGUGUCGUCAAGAACAAGCUGAAUGGAAGCCUUCCCAAAGCGAAAUACUUGAAAGUAAAGAAUGUCAGAAUAAAUGCAAUAAAAGGUGUAGGCCUUGGAAAUGGUAAGGAUUUGAAGUUGGAGUUGUGGUGCAAGAGGAAAUGUGUGUAUAGGGCCAAGUUUUACAUGGGAGAAAACUGCCGACUUACCCACAACUCUGUUGAUGACUAUAUAGAGGUGGAGCUGCGGGACUGCCCCACCCUCUUUGAGGAUGUAAAAGUCCGCUUUCUCUCAAAGUCUACCAACAUACCUGCUGUAUAUGACAACUGUGCGUUCUACUUCUGGUUCCAUACAGCCUUCGUUGAUGAUUGCAUAUCCUUGCCCAGAGAUGAAAUAGACAACCCACACAAGAAAAAAUCCCAGAAAGUGUUUAGGGAGAACUUUUCCAUCCAGCUGGGCUUUGAGAAGGUUGGCAAGCCUCAGAUGCCAAAGGUGCAGCCUCUGGGGUCAGAGGUCAAGCCCGAGGAGAAACAAGGGACACAGGAUCAAGCCCCAGGGUCUCAGGGUAAUUUUGUGACUCCGAAGAUUAUAGUGGACCAAGUUAGCAAUGGACCAGAUGAGGGAACAGAGAAGUCAGGAAAUACUGAUGAAAUGAGAUAGUUGAAGUUUGUUUCGUAACUUUUCUAUUUGUGAUGCAUUUCUUACCUUAAGUUAAGUCAUAUUAACUUUGUACUAUUGUAUAUAUCAGCCUUUUUAACAAAGUUUUAAUCAUUGUGGUUGUUUUUUUUUUCUAUUUUUAAGUUAUUAAGUAGACUUUUAUUAUUAUGGAGAAACAAUUAAGUCAACCUUUAUAAUUUAUUACAUAGCACUUUUUUUUUAUAAAUUGUAAGUGUUGACAAACAGUAUGUAAUACUCAUGUUUGCAAAGGAACUUAGCAUUUCAAGGUUUUGAAGCAUUGAAUAGUCAUGGCUAUAACUCUGCCUAAUGCUUGAUGUGAGUUUUGAAUUAAGUGUGACAUCUAUAGCCUCUCAAUCACCUUCACACUAAAAAAAAGAGCAGUGAAUGCCGCUGUAAGCUUUUCGGCACAUGAUUAACGUAUUGUGUGGAACCAACUACUUAAGAGGUGGGUUGUAUAAGCAAAACAUCAAAACAUGUACAAUUUGCAUUUGUAAAUUUCAACCCACCAAUUAAAUCGGAGCUUUAGAUUACAGUCUCAACUCAGUGCAAUUUAAACUCUUUGAAGAAUUAAAACUGACUGUGAAACCAUGUUGGCGUUACAAGUUGACUGUUUUUUUUUACCAAAUUAGCAUUGCGAUCAUACAGAAGUUUAUUUUCAAGCAGUGGUACUGGAAAUAACAUUAUUUAGAUUUGCACGUGCAAGUACAAAGUUAAAGCUGCUUUGAGCAACAUUUUAAAGAAAAUUGGCAGCUUAAUAAAUUACAUUGAGUAUUAAAAAAUUUCAUUGUUUCAAGAAGAAUUCAACUUGCUUUAAAAUCGACUGAGUUUGACAGAUGUUUGAUUACUUUGUUAAUGUCCAUCACAGUGUCAUCUUAAAUAGCUUUGAGAAUAUAACUUUGAUAAUUUCUAGAAUAUUUGAAAACAGAAUGAAAAGGCCCCAAGGGCCAAGGAAGAACUCUAGUGUAGAUCUUUCUUCAUCCACAAUUGAGGACUUUAUUGAGACUUUUUUUAUCUGUUUUCCAUCAAAAUCUCUUACAUAAGUGCUUGGCAUCACAUCCUGACGAAGGUCAAAAUGGUCGAAACAGUGUGUGCUUUUUUAUGUUUUUAAAAUUCUGUUAUAAUUAUUGAUUAAUUCUAUUGGUCAGUUCAGAAAAUGUCUAGUUUUACAAAUAUCACAUAAAGGUGUUCAGUUUUGUUUAUAUUUUGAAUACAAUUUUAAUAAUAUGCACAUUUAACUUAGUAAAGACUUAAGUUAAUCUUAGCCCCAAUUUCCGGAUUAAUCUUAAGUCCCUUAUAACAGGAUCUAAACACAACACUAAACACAAUUUCAAGUGUGUAAUUUUCUCCUUUUAAAGGGUGAUAAGACUUGUAAAGGACUUGUGCUUAUGUUUUGGUCUUGGAAAUGCUGAAAAGUGUUAUGCUCGAAAAGAUGUGUGUUCAGGGCGAAAUUAAUGUGUUUCAUACCCUGUUCGCUGUUUUUUGUUACAAAUUAUAAUCAUAAUUACUGGUAUGUUAAACUAUAUUUUGUUUCAUAAACCUUUUACAGUUAUGAUAAUUUUUAUUUCAAGUAAUUGCGACCCGAGUAUUAUGUUAAAAAGUAAAAAUGACCUACAAUUUUACAUAUAAACAUAUUGUGGGUUUUACAAUCAUUAUAGCCACAUAAAACUAUUGCCAAAAUAAUUUUUGCAAACAAUUUGAGCAUUUAUAGAAAUGUUUAUCUAGGACAAUACUGUUUACAACUGGAUUAUUUUCAGUUUGUUAAAUAUUAAUCAAGAAUGGUUUUAUUUAGAGGUAUAUGGAUAUUUUGAUGUGGAAAAACAUGACUUAUUUUUUUUUGUUUAGUUUAUAUUCUUUAUAGACUGUAUGUCAUGGUUUUUCCUGAAUUGUAUUGAAUACACAAACUUUAUAAAUAGGAAAUGUUGUUAUGUACAGACUUAGAGUAAAGUAAAGAAACUAAUUCAUUUCGUUUGUAAAUUAAUCAAUACUUUGAUUGUUAUUUAUUCCUCUGUGAUAUGUUCUUUAAACAUGACUUUUUGACUGUGUCAUAUUAUUUUUUAGCUGUCCGAACAAUGAAUAACAGUCCAUUAUUUUGUAUGAAAUAAAAGAAAAGUUGAGGCAUUGUCAUAGCUUUGAUGUCGUUCUACGGAAACUUUUAAUCUUAGUCAUGGCUCUAAACCAUUCUCCUGAAACUUAGUACACAGUCAUGUUACAAAUGACAUUGGGCUAUCUAUGGCCUCUCGUCAAAUGCCGAAGCUGCUUUUCUGGUUUCAGAACUUUUACAUCACUGAAUUAUAAAAGGGAGACUCGUCUAAUUGCAAAAUGGCGAAUAAAUAGUCCAAUGAGAAAAUGGAAAUGAUUUAUGUGAUUGAAAUGUUGAACAAUGAUUGGACGUCUUACAGGGAAACAGAAAUGCCUAACCUUCAGAAAUUGUGACUUCAGAAUUUUGUUCACAAACUAUGUGUGAUAAAUUUACCAAAAAAAUACAAAAAACUUUGCUUUUAAAAAAUAAUGAUUUUAUAGCUUCUGUAUUUCUGUUUUUUGAAGUGAGGGCAUCGAUAAAUUACAUUAAAGGCCAAUAACUCUGGUAAAAUAUUUGUCAAUCUUUUCUCCUUGAAUAACAGAUGAGUUUUGGAAACCAUGCACAUGCAGUGCCCUUAUUUUGAACUGUCACAAACUGAAAUUUUAUUUUAACUGUUUAAUGAAAUAUAACAUACGGUGUACUUGCAAUGUAAUUACAUGGUACAUCUAAUGUUUAAUACUAAAAAAAAUACCCUCUGUGUUUAAUUAGAAUUUUAAAUGUAUAUUGAAAUAAAUUGUUUUUUUAGUUGGUGAUAAAUUCUCAUUAAAAUCUUUAUAAAUACUUAAUGCUCAGCUCAGGAAUGUUUUGCUCAUACAUUUGUAUGUAUUUAUGUGUUAAAAUGCUGAUAAGUGCAAAUAUCUUGUGUUUUGUGCUUAAAGGGACUAGACACAAAAUGUUCUCAAAAUCAGCAAAUACAGUAUCAUGAUGUGUAGUCCCUUUAAUAUGUUUUAUAUUGGUGUUGUGAUUUGGCGAAAGUCAAUUAUACUUCCGUAAAACAAAAUGUUAGUGAUAACAUGUAUCAUACAUGUGUAAUUGCUGCUUUAUAUAGAACAUGUUUAUAUGUAUUUAUGAUCUUUUUAAGAGACGUUUUCUUAGCCAGACAUCGAACAAUUUGGUUUCAUGUUGAAUAUUUAUAAACUGUUUGUAAUAAGGAUAAUUGGUAAUUAUUAGUUUUAGUCAUUAAAAUGUUUGUGCACAUACUCUUUUUUGACCUGUUUAUAUUUUAAAAAAAAUAAUGAAUUAUUGGUUGCACGUCUUAUUAACCUUUUGACUUACCGGUAUAAGCAAAGCCAGCAGACAAAAUGGAGAAAUAAGUUCAUAAGUUUUUUGAAGUAACCAACUUAACAUUGAUAUGUCAAAAUUCUCAGAUCUACAUAUUGUAAUUUGAGCACAUUUUUUAAAAAAUUGUUGCCAACAUGAAAUCUUAAAGAGUGUCCAUUUAGAUUCAAGGGCCAGUAUUCAUGUACAUUUCUUAGCCUCAAUUGUUGACCAUUGUGUAAACUUUACAUGGAAGCACCAGUCCUGCUGACGUUAUAAAUGAAAAAUACCACUUGUGUCAAAGAGAUGAAAUUCGCAGCUGAAUCUUAAGUCUAAAAGCCUGAGUCUGAGUUGUAAAAGUCUACGCCUGAGUCUUAAAGUGUUAGUGAAUAUGAAUUUUAAAAUAUUCUCAGCAUAGUCUGAAACUGAGACUCUGAGGUUGAGUCUAUAAAAUAUGUACACGAAAACAGUCCCUGCACUUUAUCGACUUACCAGAUGGCCUUAUAAAUAGACUGAAGCUAAUGAGUAAAAGAGUUGCCCCCAAAAAGUUAAGAUUUUCACCUUCUUUAAAGUUAAUAAAUAUGUUGUUAUAAGUCUUAUGGUUGAAAAUUAUAAUAUGUAGUUCUGCUUGAUGGGAGUUUUCCUAUUUGUAAUAUGCACUUAACAUUUUUUUUAUUUUUUUUUAAUCCCUUGUUUAUCCUUCAAGUUGUAUUUUGAUUGUCACACGAUAGUAGUAUAUAUGAAUAUAAUAAUUAUAAUAUAAAUGAAACUGCAGUUUUCAAUUUUUACACUUGUUGUAUCUGUAAUGUUUUAAAAAAAUAAUGUUGUAUUUUUCCUCAAUCGAUAUUAUUCCAUUUUAAGAUUCCAUAUCUUAGAAUAAAAAUGAUGGUGCACACAACAAUGCAUAAAUAAUCAUUGAUUUUAUUUGCUUUUUCAUACAUGUCCAGCAGCAAACUGAUUUAUUUCAAUUUGGGCUUAAUUUUGGACAGUUUUUCUAGAAUCGAAUCAUGUAUUCAUAUAUAUAGAGCUUUAUUCUGUAUGGUAACAGAACAGAUUUGAAUUUGUUCAAUUUUACUUAUAUAAUUUCAAAGUCUAUACUGAUCUACAGACGUCUUUGUCCAAGGUUGUUGUUAUCACACUUUCGUUAAUGAUAAAUUACUUUUAAAUAACUCGUUGCAGAGUCUUCAAACUUGGUAUAUCCAUUCGUUGGGGUCAGUCGAUGAUCAAAAUUUGUUUUUGGGUCAGUAGGUCAUAAGGUCAAGGUGGUGAUGACUGGAAAAAUAAUUGGUGGAGGCUCCCGACUAGCGACAUAUCGGAAUCACGGAAUACUGUUUAAAUUUCAUUUUAUUUCAUGGGAUUUUGAUUGAAAUUUGUCCUUAGCUUUAGCUACAUGUAUCAACUAACACAUUGUUUUAGCAAAUAAUAGUGUUGUCGUUAAUACACAUAUACAUAAGCCCUAUUUCCAUUAUAUAAUUAUUUUGAUAAACUUUUAAAUUUAUAAACUUUUAGAUUAACAUGAAUGUAUUAUAUAAGUAUUCAUUUAACAUUGAGGUACUGUACUUAAUGUAUAUAUUUCAUUUCCAUUUAUCAAAUAAUGAGCCUACUAUUGAUAGAUUGUCUACCGAGUGUAAUAAUUCAUAUAUCUGACAUUUUCAAAAUUUUACACUAGAAACAAAAACUGAUUUAAAUGUUCUCUUUAAUUAUAUCUGGAAAAAUGAGUUUGUUAGUGUGAUAAAUUAUACUAGAUAUGUAUGAUUAAUACUUUUUUGAAAAUAUUUUUGUUAAUAAAGAGUUAUUUGUAAAAAAAAAAUCACUUACAGUAUUUUCAACACUAAAUUCAGUGCAAGAUACCAAAGUGCUCUUACAGUCAUCAUGCAACUACUGAAUUUGUUAAAAAAACUUGAAUAAAAGAUUUACAUGUACCAAAGAACUUCAUAAAAAACAAUGUUGUAUUUGGUCUUUCAAUAAUGUGUGGUUUAAGGCAACUGUUUGGUAAUCAUUUUAUAUUUACUCACUGUGCUUUGGGCAAAUUUGAAAAAAAACAAAAACAACGGAAAAUCAGAAUAUUAUUUUUCACAAAGACAGUGAUCUACUUAUGUUUUUGAUUUAAGAUUCACUCAUCAAUAACAAUUUUUGUAUCUUACCUCACUUUAAUCAUUUUUUUCCACUGCCGAAGCAUCAUUUUUACGUACAAAAUCGUUCUCGAUAUUAAAAAAAAGGUGGCCUAAGAAAACUUUCAUUGUUCAGUUGAUUGUGUUGUUUUUGUAUGCUCAGGCGUGUUGUGACAAUAUUGUGGAAAGACAGCAUUUUUUAAAGAUAUGUUUUAUUAUAUUGAUAUUAUUUUAAAAUUCCAUUUUGUUACAUUUAAGUUAUACCAAAAUAAAGUAUGACUAUAU